GAACUUGUGCAAAUGGUGCGAGAAGGUCAUGCGCCAGCAAGACUGUCGUCGCUACUUAGAGCUCACGGAGGAACAGCGGCAGAAGAUUGCUGAGUUGUCAGCCCAAGCCCGGUCCAAUUGUGACGAGCACCAUGAGGACAUUUUGCGGCAGAAGCGCUUCGCAGAAGCUGUUGCCGAAGCUGUGAUCAAACGGAUGCGCAACGCUGCAGAUGCCGAUUAA